AGCCUCUGACGGAGCUCCACCGGAGCAGAGGAACAACCUGCGUCUCCACGAGGCCGUCAGAGCUCUGUUCGCCUGCUCUCCUCUCUUCCACACUCAGACUUUAACACUCGAGGGUUUUCCGAUUCCCGACGUCCACCGGGGCGCCGAGGAGGACGUCUCCAUGGCGACGGCGGUCCACUCAGACGCCACAGACAGUCAGGAAACGCUCUCCCUGCUGCAUCCCGGCAGGACGAACUCUCGGAAGAGGCUGAAGGAAACGCAGCCGGUGAGGGAGAGCAAACGCAGGAAGAGCAGCUCCUGAUUCACACUCAUCGGGUUUUAAUGUCCCAGCUCUGACCCGGGAGCAUGUAGAGCUAUUGGAUAUAUUUUGAGACAUGUUUAAAAGUGUUCCUGUGUUCUGAUAAAGAGGAUCUUUUUGGUAAA